GCAGGGAGAUGAGAGUAAAUGAUCUCUAAGGUCCUUUCCAACUUAAGCCAUUCUGUGAUUCUAGCAAAUGUUCCCAGCUGCCUUUGGCUCCAGCCUCAAUUUUACUUGGUAACAGUUAAACUUGCAAAAACAUUUUCUCUUUACUUCGUAUUAGUUGGCUUUUUUUACCCCAUUUUUUGCAGGCUGAAAAUGAUCUGCCUAAACUCUCCUCAUUUGCUGCUGUCACAGGUCAUGUUGAAAAGCAAACAUGUUCUCAGUGAUUAACUGCAACGUCUGGUGGGUGUUGCUGAGUAACAAGUUGAAUACUUACCCCCUUGUCUUGUAAAAGGCCAACGAUCUGACCAAGUCUGUAUUUACAAAUCAUAUCUAAAUCAAUUUUGGGGUUUUUUUUGCUGGUUAUAACUUUAACAUUUGAUCUAUUGCAUGCAUAUCAAGUUGCAUUAAGUCAUGCUGUCUUCUGGUGGAAUCGAAUUACUUUGCUAUUUAAUUAAAAUGUCCCUGGAUUGGAGCGGCUCUUUCCCUGCUUUCCAUUGCUUCAGGGACCAUCUGUAAAACAGGAUAACUGAAAUUAUCUGUGGCAUGUCUUGAAUUACAACAAAUCCUGCUUAGGAGGUUAUGUAAGAGUUCAUAAAAGUGCUUCAAUUAAUUGAUAUUUGCUUCAGGGUUAUGUGGAGGUGCUGUCAGAGAGUUAAGGGUCAACAAACUUAUGAGACUGGAUUUGAUCAUCUCCUAUCACCCCAGCUACCACUUGUAUAUAUAAAUUAAGCAGUCACUGUUUGGGGGUGUGGAUGACCAUUUUGGCUACCAGAAAGGUUUCUCUGGAAGGUAGCACAACACUUACCUUGAUGCUUCAGAAAUAGGAGAUGAAUUUACAUGUAACGGAUGGAAUUACUAAAAAACAAAGUUUUGGCACUUGACCUGGAACUGGAAAGAUGGAUGGAGCUGUUGCUGCCAUCUCAGGUUCUCUGGAGGGAAGAUCUUCCUUUUGAGAGUCUUCCAGCUUUUUUGAGCUUUCUCUUACUUUUUUCUUGUGAAGGCUGCAGAAGGCAGAGCUAAUUGAACAUAAUAGAGAGGAGCAGCUCAUUUGAAACAACGUUGAAUGGGUAAUGACCAAAGGUAUUGAAAUUCUAGGCCAUUAAAAACCUGCCUCUGUCUGCCUUUUACACGAGUUAGGGUGGUCCCUGCAGUGCAAGAGGAUUCUGAAGCUGCACUUACCAUAGUCCUCCUUUUUUUUUUGUUUUUAUCCCCAACUCAGGUACUGUGUAAGCUGGAGGCACGGACUAAUCAUAUUUUACUCCUUUUCAGCUCUUCAAAGGUUUCUGCAGAGGUAAUAUUGUGUUAAACCUAUAUUAUUUAUGCAAAAUGGCAGCAUGUGGUGCCAGAGAUAAUUGUUUCAGCUGCAGACUUAUAGGCCUUCUAGAGCUGAAGCUGGAAGCUAAGCUUCUCAUCAGCUGUGGGAAGCUGUUAGAAACCAGAAACCAGCUUGUGGAUGGAGCCUCAUGGGACAUCUUGUCUUCCUAGCAGUUUCCUGUUCCUUGGAGAAAUAAACCUGAGUUGAGCCAAACAAAGAAAAUUCUCCUUAGAUACUACUUCCUGAUUGCAUAUCAAUGUCUGUUCAGUAAUUGCCAGUCAAUCAACUGAGUCAUGUUGCUUAACUAUUGCCAUAGUGCCUCAGCAGAAAAUCCAGGUGCCCUGAAUCACGUGAGAAAAUUCCUGCAGGAAAGGCCAAAGAUGUUUUGAGUCAGUCUGUACUCUAGUGCAAUUCCAGUGCUAACAACACUAAGUUCUAGCGGUGUAGCCUGCUUUGAAGAGGAGAAGAUGCUGUUGAAGAGAUGCAAACAAAGGAUUUUUUCUGAUAUUUCUCCUUCAGACUGCAGAAAGUGAGAUUAACUAACUGCCAGCAAAUGCAAAGGAAAUCUGCAUGGGAAGAAAAAAACCAAUUCUUCUUACAAAUACAAGUUUCUCAUUAUUUUGUGUGUGCAAACUGCAUCAAGAAGCAGAUUGAAUAUUUGCCUUUCUGGCAGGGAGGAUAGUUUUUCUUCCCCUAAUGUAUCUCUUGGUGUGUAGGCAAUGCUAGCUGUACUGUAUAAUACACUGGCCUAUUAGCUCAAAUAAAGAACAGCAGUCAUACUGUCUUAUUUGCAGAACAGCUCUUAUGCCCCUAGCUAGUUUUACCAGUCAGAGCCUUUACUGGGUGCAAUUACACCUCCAGUUACUUAGGAUCUGUUUUUAACUCUCAAAUUUACUCUGUGUGUCAGUAUGGAAUUUGCUUUCACUCAGUGCCCUGAAUAGAGAGUUCACUUGACAGCCUUAUUAAUUUCACAGUAUAGACUGAAAUGGGUUUUAAAUAAUUUGUGAGAACUGAAAAAGAGCUUUUAUUUCUUCACUCUAAUAAUUGUCAGCCCACAACUAUUUUUGCUGGUUUUCUCUUUAGCAGCAGCUGCAAGAUAAUGUCUUUAGAUAAAGAAGCAAUGCUGAAUUUUGAAUGCUGACUUGUUUUCCCUGGAAAAAAAACCAUCAAGACAAUUAAGAGUGUUUGGGUACCAGGUGGAGAUUAGAGAAAGAAAAUGAAAUUCAAACCAGGAAGCUAAGAAAGGCAGGCUCCAAUUCACCCUUCAUGACAUUUCAUUCCAAGAGAAGUGUAUUGGCAGUUAUUGAUCUCUCACUUGCUAGUCACUUUCAGUUCUGCAAAACUGCCAAGGCUUUUCCAAAGCCUUCAAAAGAAAAAAUGAUGCUAGGGAGUUUAACAAGCUGGAGGGGAAAAAAAAUUAAAAAGCAGUCUGAACAUGCACUUCCCACUGUUUCACUGGGCAGUUCUCCACAUGCCUGUAAUUCAGCUGCCUGGAAAUAGGCUCUGCUGAGCCACCACAGGACACCAACACUUCCCUUGCCAGAGAUGGGUGCAGAUAGAGGGAAGCAACUCCAAGCUUGCCAGCAAUCCCUAUCUUCUAUUCAAGUCAAGCACACAACAAGUAAAGUCUCACCAGAUCCACAGUUCAGCAAAGGAAGAAGCAUAUUUGGUGUUCCUCUGGAAACCCUCCUGCAGGAUGCAACACAGUGUGAAGUUCCUUUUCUUGUGGCACAGAUGGUGGAGUACCUAGAAGUAUUUGGUCUGGAGCGUGUGGGUAUAUUUCGAAUCAGUGGCUCAGUAAAUAAAAUCAAGGAAUUGAAACAGAAAUGCAGUCAAGGAGAAAAAGUAGACCUUAUUAAUGAUGGAGAUGUUGAUUCUGUGGCCAGUCUUCUGAAACUCUUUUUGAAGGAAUUGCCAGUGGCUGUUUUCCCAGACAACAUCUGUUCUGGCUUGCUAAAAACUUACCAAGAACACAAAAUCCACACAAGAGAACGCAUACAGAACAUUAGACAAUUGCUUAGUUGCCUGCCCAGAGCCCAUCAAAAUCUUCUUCAGUUUCUGUCUGCUUUCCUGUUAAAGGUAGCAGCAUACAGCACAGUGAAUUUCAUGACUCUGGAAAACCUAGCCACUGUGUUCGGACCUGUGCUUUUCAAGAUCCCUGUCAGUCCCUCGGCUUGUGAAGAACAAAAGCUUUACAAUGGCCUCCUUCUCUAUUUGCUUCAACAUCACAAUAUGCUUUUUGUUGAGCUGAACUCUUCUUCCUCACACAGACAAGCAGAUGGCAUUCAGGAAGACAACAUAGAAGAUGAAUAGACAGACACAUGUUAUCAAGAUACACAGCACUUGUCAUCUGUCAUAGUUCCUGACUUUUGCAAUAUGCUUAUUUGUGAAGCUUGAAAUGAAGGUAAAAUAGUGUGACUAGAACCUCCUAAAUUAAAGUGUGGAAGUGGAGACCAAAAAAACCCACACAUUUCUUUUGCAUGAAGUUAACCAAAUGAGUUCUUCUUGCCUGGGGAAUGGGUUAAACAGAACUACCUAGAUUCCAACUGUGUUCCAUCUAAAGAAAUACGAGCAAUUUCUGCUUCUGAAGCACAUCAGGAUGAAUAAUUUAGGGGUUCUGGGUCUGUUCCUUGUACAAUAAGGUAUCAUAGAGGAUAAUAUAUCAUUAGUUUGCAUAGACACUUUCUGUAAUUUGGAAUAGCACACACACUGUACUCUAGCAGAAAGUAAUGCAUACUUGAUAAAAAUUACCUGAAUAUUAGCAGCUUUGUCAAAAUAGCAGAUCAAAAAUCUAAUGUCAGACUUGUGUUUCAUUAAGAUUCAUGGAAGGCCAUCACUAGGACUUGAGAAAGAAGCAUUCAGUGAUGCUCUGACAGUGAACUGGAUCCGUUUCUCGGAGAGCAUCUAGUCAGGCAAAACACAUCUGCAUUGCAGUAUCUUCUAGCCCAGAGUAUGCUGGACAUGUUAGAGCAGGGGGACAUGGCAGCAGUUCUGCUCUAAUUACAUGGGAUGCAACUGUUGUUUGCAAAGACAUGUGUAGCUCUGGGUACCUGAACACAGUGUCAGUUGGCCUGCAGGUGAUUUGAGGUCAUGCAGGACUCUACACAGAUCACAUCACUCUUGUUAUGCUCCACCGGGGUGGUGUGUCUAGUGCAGCUUGCUGUAACAUUAAAUUACUUCAGAGAAUGUU